AAAUGGAAGCAAGAGGACAGUCUGUAGUAAUCGAGUCCGAUCAACACUCAUCGUCGCAAACUUUAUGGCCUCCUCGCCAAGCACUUUAUGCAGAAUCUGUAGGAACAGAUGACGAAGAAAACGAGGACGAACUAUCGCGAACGUGGUGGGUCAAAACUCGCUGGUUUCAGCGUCUUGUUCAAGUAUGUGCUGUAGCGAGCCUGACUUCUACAGCAAUGAAUUCGCCAGAGACGUUUAAAGACUCCGUUUCGCUUCAAUACAUCACUCUGGUAUUGGAUAUUGUGGUUGCAGCUGUAUUUAUUACCGAGAUGAUCGCCCAGAUAAACAUGUGGGGUCUAUGGAGAAAACAGAAGGCCUACUUCAAGAAACCGCAGUGCAUAUUUAACGCGAGUAUGGUUUUCCUCAUAAUACUAUCGAUCUUAUUUCAAGUAAUUGAAAUCUCAGGCCAUUCUCCCGAUCCGGCAGAUUACAUCGCAUUUUCUAUUCCAAGAGCUCCAAGAGCUCUUAUUAUAGUUCGAUUCUUCAAUGUACUUAUCACAAUAAGCUUGCCAAAGUCAGUGGCUCGCCGAUGUAAGCGACAGAUCUGGGCUGUCACGUUAUUUUUAUUGUACUUCAUGGCAUUCGGUUCCAUCAUCGGCGUUCAAUUAUUUGGACGAAAGAAUUAUUACUGUGUUAAAAACGGUGCUGAUUUGAACAACGUUUCAUAUAAUGAUCUUUUAUUGACAGAUCAUCGAUGCAGUAAUGACACCGGAGAAAGAGGCUAUAUCUGUCCUGGAAAUUUCAGUUGUGUUUCUGUCGAUUUUGAUAAACGAGAUAAAAAUUACUUCGGCGAUUUUCUUCACAGUAUUUUAACCGUGUAUGAAAGUUCCACUCAAGAAGGCUGGGUCCUUGUUAUGUACAGAAUGACAGACUUUCGAUCGCGUCCGUUAGUGUAUAUUUAUUUCGUAUUGCUUAUUUUCUUCAUUGCCUGGCUUGUGAAAAACGUCUUCAUUGCCGUCGUCUCGGAAACCUUCGCCGAUAUUCGGAGCCUGUACAUGUACAGUCGGAAAUCGUCGAAACGUACUUCGGCUCGACUAGCUUCUCAAGUUAUCAAAGACGGAGGAACUGGUUGGCAUUUAGUAUCGUUAGAUCAUGAAGCACAUAAAGGACACGCACCACUGCCUGUUAGACAAUUAGUUAACUCUGAUUACUUUAAGUACACAAUGAUCGUCUUUGUUGUGGUCGACGCUAUUGUUCAAGCAACCUCAGUGAAUUUUCCUCGGAGAAGAUACCCACAGUUCGGGUUUACCAUACUUUUUGACUUGGAAGUUCUCCUAAAGAUCUCAUGUAUGGGUUUUCGGCCUUACCUUCUUCGUAGAAUGCAAUUGACAGAGUUUAUAUUAGCCAUUGGUAGUACCGUUUUUGCUUUGCCACUUCUGAUCUCCGAGAAAGCUGCCUUCUUGGCGUUCUUUAAUGUUAUGAGGAUAAUUCGACUUGUCGGGGCAAUACCGAGUUUGCAAGAGUUCUGUGAAAAAAUCUUCGGUACUGGAAAAAAGCUCGGAGCGGCCAUUAUAUUUACACUCCUUUUCGUUAUGGUUUCCUCCGUGAUCAGUAUGCAGUUCUUUCUGACGUUGGAUCCCAAGAAUUUCGGGACCUUUAUGAAGUCAGUCCAGUCCAUGUUUCAAAUCAUCACUCAGGAAGGGUGGGUGGAAGUUUUAGAUGGACUUAUACAUGCUACCACCAACACCUUUGCCAGGAUUCUAGUUGCGAUAAUCAUCUUGGCAUGUCAUCUCUUCUCAUCGCUUAUUAUCAUGAGCGUGUUUGUUGCGGUUAUCCUGGACAACUUGGAACUUGAUGAAGAGGUGAAGAUCAUGAAGCAGAAGAAAAUAGGCCAAGAGAGUCGAGAAUCCACCGAGGUACUUCCGCUUCGUCUUCGGGUCUUCGAACGUUUCCGAGAUGACCCGCGUCUUGUCAAAAUGAGUAGGAUUAAAAUGUCCGCGGAUUUUUCUACGCCUAAGAUUCGGGACAGUUUUAUGAAGAAGUUUAUAGACAGCACCAGCUUGGAAACAGCACUAGCUGUUGAUCCCCGAAAGCAGCUCGGGGAAACUUCACAGCUGAGAAGGCGACGAACUGCAGUUCCUCUAAAACUAUUAAACUCGACGGUAUCCGAGGUGGAUAAACUUUCGAAGUUUGUCCGAAAGCAGUCCAGUAUUACUGCGUUGAUCAACGAUUCCAAUCGCCGAAGGACUUACGCCCUGCUUUCACCGACCGAAAUUUCGCCGAGGAGCGCUGCAAUUCAAGGCAGCAACAACAACAAGCAGCAGCCUACGUCGGUUUUCCGAUCUGCGUCGAGGCGAUUCCGAAGCCGCCCACCCCCAUCUCCGAAGCCAGCUCAAGGAAAUCCCCAAGUCAUGAGAAUGGCCAGCCAAGCUGCAGGUCUGCACGCCCAGUUGAACCAGGAUGACACAAAUAUCGGGCGAGAUUUCGAUAUUCAGUGGGUCCGGGUCAGACGUGAAGAGGUUCAGCGAAAAAAGAAAGCUCAAAUUGACAAGCUUCGCGAGAAUCAUCCCUACUUUGACCAGCCUCUCUUCUCACUGCAGCGUGACUCAUGGUUCCGAAGAUUUCUUCAGAGCUUAGUGAGCGCGCGUUUCAUGAUUCCUCCUGGUUAUACGGAGCGGGCGUCACGUAAUCACAUCGUCACGAUGGCACGGCUUCACAAAUGUUUAGCGUCACAGACGUACCUGGAGUGGAUAAUGAUCCUUGUCACGCUAAUCUCUUGUGUUGCUAUGUUGCUCGAGACUCCGACUCAGCGAACCUUUGUGAAUUCUUCAACAGAAGUCGUGGAAUACAUUUUCGUAAUUGCUAUGAGUUUGGAACUGGGCGUUCGAAUUCUUGCGAACGGUUUGAUUUUCACACCCAAUGCCGUUAUUCAGAACUUUGGGGGUGUCCUUGACGUCACUACGUACCUCGUGGCACUUGCCUAUGUUGCCUGGCAACCGCAUCGGAUACCCGCCUGCUCCGGAGCUCAAGUGUUGAUGGUGUUUAGGUGCCUUCGUCCUUUGCGCAUCGUCACAUUGGUGCCUAAGAUGCAAAAGGUGAUCCUUGAGCUGGUUGGUGGCUAUAAAGAAAUACUUAAAGUCAGCGCUCUACAGUUGCUACUCAUGUUCAUCUUUGCCAGCUAUGGUGUCCAAGUAUUCGCUUUGAAGUUUGGUAGCUGCAACGAUCGCACGAUUAACACCCGAAAGGAUUGCAGUGGAACCUUCGAGAUAGAGAUCGCCCCUCCUCGUGAACUGCGCGACCUCCCAGGAGCGUCUAAAAUCCUUGUCCCUCGCGUGUGGAAAAAUCCCAGGAAUUUUGACUUUGAUAACGUCGUCAACGCAUUUCUAGCUUUGUUUGAAGUUCUUUCCUUGGAAGGCUGGCUGGAAGUACGAGAUGUGAUCCAAGCAGUAGUGUCUCCUGAGUAUAGUCUGUAUGUCCACAUUUACGUACUCAUUGGAAGUAUGAUUGGACUAACUUUGUUUGUUGGAGUAAUUGUUAUGAAUUUUAACGAGAACAAAGGUAUUGCGCUUCUUACUGUUGAUCAGCGUCGCUGGCAAGACUUAAAGAAACGCUUACGACUCGCACAACCUCUGCAUAUUGCGCCAAGGCCGAGAAAAGAGGGGAUUCGUACUGUUUUGUUCGACGCCACACAGUCAAGAAUCUACAAAGUUUUCGAAAUCACUCUGGUGGUUGUAAUCUGCUUGACUGUUACGAUUGCUCAGUGGACCACUGAAGACAACCUGCGCCUGCGGGACGGAUUGACCAGCACAGCAGCUGCGUGUUCGAUACUCUUCGUUGUGGACAUGGUACUGAAAAUUAUCGCCUUUUCUUUUCAAGGAUACUGGCAAAGCCGGAGAAACCGGUUCGAUCUGUUCUUGACGAGCCUUGGGGUGUUGUGGGCAACUCUGAAUUUUUCACUGAAAGAGAGGGGUACACCGUAUACAGUGACCACUGUGUUUGGGAUGGUGAUAAUCCUGUUUCGUUUUUUGACGCUUGCUGGUAAACACGACACCCUCAAGAUGUUAAUGUUAACCGUUGUCAUGUCGCUGGUAAAGAGUUUUUUCAUAAUUGCUGUUCUUAUCAUAAUUAUGGUAAGCUAUUCGCUCGCUGGUGUCAUCUUAUUCGGCACAGUUAAAUACGGAGAGGCGUUGAAUCGCCAUGCCAACUUCAAGUCAAGUUUCAAUGCAAUGAUUCUGUUGUUUCGAAUAACCACUGGAGAGGACUGGAAUAAGAUUAUGCAUGACUGUAUGAUUUCGGAACCAUACUGCACGGCGGGAACGCCUGAUACGCUAAAUUUCUGGCAAAGCGACUGCGGUAACAGUGCAGCAGCGCAUAUUUACUUUAUUUCGUUUUACAUUUUCGUAACGUUUGUCUUCCUGAACCUUUUCAUCGCUGUUAUCAUCGAGAAUUUUUCGCUUUUCUACUCCAGCGACGAAGAUUCUCUUAUUAGCAACACAGAUCUGAAGGACUUCCAGUUGACUUGGAACUUAGUGGAUAAGAGUCGUAAAGGAGUUUUAUCCGUUCGACAAGCUAAGCUUGUUCUUCGCUUGCUCAAGGGUCGUUUAGAAGUGGAUACUGGCUCGCUCUUGUUCAAGCACAUGUGUUGUGAGAUUGAAAAGCUUCGCAAUGGCUGUGACGUUUCAUUCCAUGAUGUCUUAGGAGUACUAGCAUAUCGAUCUGUUGACAUCAGCCGCAGCUUGCAACUUGAGGAGCUGCUCGAACGAGAAGAAUUAGAAUACCAAAUCGAGGAAGAAGUUGCUAUACAAACAAUCCGUGACUGGUUCGUCAACCUUCGUAAGAAGCGCGCCGAGCGGGAAUGGAUCCGACAUUUGGAGCAAGGUGGAAUCCCAUUGGCUGGCGGUGUCCAGUUUGACAAAAGUCCUGGAGCUUCGAGCGUAGAGAGCUUGGAACACUCAGCAAAUGACGACCAAGAUCGAGAAGACCGUGACACAGAACGCGAGAUUCGUGAUCACGAAAGCAGUGAAGAUGACGAUAUAUCGUUGUCAUCUCCUUCGAAAGGCCCGGCGAUUCUCCUUUCGGCCCCACCUCCGGUCAUGAAAACGGAUCGCAGCAUUUCUCCGUCACGUAAGAAUUCUGUUACGUUUCCAGAAGAAGUGCCGAUGUCAUCGAAACGAAGAAAGAGUUUGCCCGAAACUCUAGCUAAUCCCAAGACGCGAAAGAAAAGUUUGACUGAAGUGAAAGAGUUCGCUGGAGAAGUUCGUGAUUGGUGGAAUACACAGGAGGAUAAUCCGUAGGGCAUCUGAACGCCUAAGCCGACCAAACUGACACAUGUUAAUGAUGAAAAGACCUGAAAGGAAGUCUCAGUUCGUUAAGAUGUUUUCGCCGAAUUUCUUAUGUCGUUUAAGAACCUUUGACUCUGUUCCGUGAGGUCAGGUCUCGUAAAAUUUUAAAAAAUGAUUUUUCCGAUAUCGAUAAAGAUAGAAAAGAAUCCAAAACCACGUUACAAAACAGGUUUCAAGUUAUUGCGAUGAAAACGACAAGUUCAAGAUGUCUUUCUCGAGCGUUUAAAUGUUAGGUUGCCAUGAGAAGCUUAGGUGACAUAACAAAGCCAUCCGUGAAAAGAAACUCAGAAUGAGAAGAACUCAGAAUGAGAAGAACUCAGAAUGUAAUUACAUAUAGAAAUACCUCUGUAAUUUUUUUCCUUGUCAGAUUUUACCAAACGUCCUUCUUGGUAGCCAGGGCCGGGUUCUUCAAAAGGGGGUUUCGGUUCAUCUAGGAUUAGAAGUUAACCUUAACUUUAAUUUCCCAUGUAGAAGAGUGCUCUAAGCACUAAGGCUUUGUUAGGUCUUCUCUCGAUAUGACACGAAACUAACGGGGAAAAGUACAAAAGAGAAAUCCCUUCACACAGCUUUAAAACUGAAUGGAGACUUUGCACUAUCCUUGGGUAAAGUUUACACUAUGCUUGAGUUUUUAAAACCCGGGCCCAAUUGUUCGAAGGUUGAUUAACGCUAACCUAAGGUUAAAUUUUAAUCCGGGUUUCGUUAUUUCUUGGUUCAAAGCCUUUCUUGGAUAAUUUUUUCUAUUCUUUGAAGGGCAUUCAGUCAUCAAAUUGUAGAAAAUAAUAUGGAUAUAUCAACAAAGUUGA